GCGAGUACUCAAGACGUUUCCCGAGUGUGUUUUCGUCGGCUCCGUCAACUAGAGAAAUAUUUCUCUCGAUAAUACCUAUAGACACAAAAUAUAUAAAGAUUCAAGACCAAAGCGAAAACUACAAAAAAAAAAACGAUCGGUGUGCGGUGAUUGAAAAAUACAAAUCAAAUAAUCGUAAUAAUAACUUGAGUACAAACUCUAUUCGUCUUGUCAGUAUUAUAAUUGAUUAAAUAGUUCAACCUGUUAAAUAUCCGAAUAUCUUUAACUUUUAUCUGUGUGGUGAACCGUUUUCCGUCAAAGUUUGGCCGUGAUAAGUGAAAGUUAAUUUCGGCCACGCAAUGUUUCCCAACCAGAACAACGUAGCGGCUUCUGGGCCGGGUCCAGCGGCUGAUGGCCAACAAAGCCUCAACUACAACGGACUGCCCGCCCAGCAGCCACAACAACAGCAGCAAUUGCCACAGUCCACGAAGAAUGUGCGGAAGAAACCCUAUGUCAAGAUCACCGAACAGCCGGCGGGAAAGGCCCUCAGAUUUCGGUACGAGUGCGAGGGUCGCUCCGCCGGUUCCAUUCCUGGCGUGAACUCCACGCCGGAGAACAAAACCUAUCCGACCAUCGAGAUUGUGGGCUACAAGGGACGCGCCGUGGUUGUCGUCUCAUGUGUUACCAAGGAUACGCCAUAUCGUCCUCAUCCCCACAAUCUGGUGGGCAAGGAGGGCUGCAAGAAGGGCGUCUGUACACUGGAGAUUAAUAGUGAGACAAUGCGUGCCGUGUUCAGUAACCUGGGCAUUCAGUGUGUCAAGAAGAAGGAUAUUGAGGCGGCGCUAAAGGCUCGCGAGGAGAUCCGUGUGGAUCCAUUUAAGAGUGGCUUCACGCACCGUUUCCAGCCCUCGAGUAUCGACUUGAACUCGGUGCGAUUGUGCUUUCAAGUAUUUAUGGAGAGCGAGCAAAAGGGUCGAUUCACCUCGCCCCUGCCGCCGGUGGUUUCGGAGCCCAUCUUCGACAAGAAGGCCAUGUCCGACCUGGUCAUCUGCCGGCUGUGCAGCUGCUCGGCCACCGUCCUCGGGAACACCCAGAUCAUCCUGCUCUGCGAGAAGGUGGCCAAGGAGGACAUUUCCGUGCGGUUUUUCGAGGAGAAGAAUGGGCAGAGCGUUUGGGAGGCCUUCGGUGACUUUCAGCACACCGAUGUCCACAAACAGACUGCCAUUACCUUUAAGACGCCGCGCUAUCAUACCCUGGACAUCACAGAACCCGCCAAGGUCUUCAUCCAACUGCGACGUCCCUCGGACGGAGUCACCAGCGAGGCCCUGCCCUUCGAGUACGUGCCAAUGGACUCAGGUAAACAUACGUUCUGGAAUCUUCAUCGGCACCUCAAGCGGAAGCCCGACGAAGAUCUCUUUCAGCAGAUCCUCAGGUUGGAUGCCAAGCGGGAAGUGCAGGCACCAACCAUUGAGGUCAUCGAUUUGGAUACACCGAAAAUAGAGGUGCAACCUAGGCUAACAUUGGAUCUAGACUUUAAUCAAGAGGAAUCUCAACCAGAGGAGCCAUCCUCUGAGCAAGAGCAAUAUACACAAGAGCAAUCUGUACAGCAGGAGCAAUAUGUGCAGCAGGAACAGCAGGAGGAGCAAUCUUUUCAGCUGGAUGAACCUAUGCAGCAGGAGCAAUCCCUGCAACAGGAACAGCCAGCACAGCAAUCUUUGGAACAGACCUCAGACCAUCUGCCCGAUCACAUUACGGAUAAUUUGCCCGAGGAUAUGGAGGCAGCGGAUGCCCAGGCCGAAGCCGAGGCCCAUCGCCUGCGUUCGGAGCAGGAAAAGGAGAUUGAUACCAUCAUUGAUGAGAAGGUACGGGAGCUGGAGCAAUUGGAACUGGGUCAGCAGUUGGAACCACGUCCCUUGUCGGCCAAUGAUAAGAUCACCGAAUGGAUGAAGUCCAGCGAGAUUGAGCAGCAAGGCCAUGAGCCAAGUCCCACUGGGGAUGCAGAUGUUUUGGACUCGGCCCUGGAGAUUACCAGGUCGGAUAAGACUCUGGAUGAACUACUCGAGACAGUGGCCGAGCUGGAUGAGAUUUACACCGAUUUUAAGGUCCAACGCGAUACAUACAAUAAUACCAUACAGAAUGAGUUGUUGGCUGGAAUGGAGGGACGUGCUCCUCUGCAGGUGGAAGAUAGUUUCGAUGAUGCUGCCACCUAUACCAGCCUGCAGAUUGCCUUUAAGAAUCCCGUACUCAUACCCAUGGAGGAUAUAAUGCCCCCCACGCCGCCCAUGUCGCAAUGCGCUCCCGAGGAUGCCCAUCAGCAUUAUGAUCCCGUGGAGGUGAACUCACAAGCAAACAAGCCAGAGACUCCAUUGCGACCAGUUCCUCCAGCGCCGCCGGCCAUUCUGACGGUACCAUUUCCGCCGGAGGAGGAGAAGCUGCCGCCCUUGCCCCCAAAAAGGAUUCGGAAACAGGACAACAAUGUUGAGAAUCGUUCCAUUGAGGCCAAUACGGUUCCGGCCAGGCCAGCCACAGCUGAAUCUCCGCUCAACAAAAGACUCCCUCCCGCUCCGAAGAAUCCGAACUUUAACACUCUACCGCGUCAAAAGAAACCGGGAUUCUUCUCGAAACUCUUCUCGCGUCGCAAAAGCAAACCGGACUUGGCCCAGGGACAGGAGAACUCCUCCUUGUUGGAUUCCAAGGCAACUAGUCGGGAGCCCAGCAUAGGACACUUUAACAUGCAGGAUCCCAUGAGGGCAUCCCUGCGCUCCUCCAAGUCAGCGGCUCCGUUCAUCUCUAGUCCACCACAAGCCAAAUCCAGUCCUGUGAAGGCCAAGAGACCAGGAUCCAAGCUGACCAAACCGGUGGGCAGGAGUGUGAGCAGUGUUUCCGGCAAGAGACCUGGGUAUCUGAAUGCCGAUGUGGUGCACAUACCUCUGAAGGGUGACAGUGCCAAUAGUUUGCCCCAGCAUCAUAGAAACGAGGGCUACUCCCAGUCGAGUACGAUUUCGAUGGGUGGUUUGGAUAGACGCACUGCAUCCGCUUUGCAACUGGCCGACAUACCAAUUAGCGAGGGCGGCAUGGAACUGGUGGCCAUUGCCGAUCGCCAGAGUCUGCACAAUUUGGUCAGCUCCAUCGAGGGGCACUUCAAUGUCCAACUGGAUCCCAAUCUGGAUCUAACCGAGGCCGAGCACUUUGCCUUGUACACGAGUAUUCCGCCCAUUGCGGCGGCCAGUGAAUUCGAUGAGACCUCCGCCUACUAUGCCCCCGUGGAUGCAGGAGAGAUCUUGACGCCCGACGAGGUGGCCAGGCGUUUGGCGGCGGCAAAUGGCCUCUAAAUUGGUUGAACACGUUGUUUAUAGGCAAACGAACCGAAGGAAGAAACCCUCCAACGAAACCCAUAGAAAAAAACGAAGAAAGUUGGCCUCAAGCCAGAGGGGAAUCCAUUUCCAUCAUCUCUGGCGCCACAAAUUGUCCACUUGUGUGAGGGCAUCUGAAGAGAAAUUCCUUUUCAGAACCUUCAAGAAUUUGUAUUUGUUUUAUAUUUGAUAAUUGUGCUAAAAGUAUCCCUGAAUAUUUUGUAAGCGAUACCAGGCAAAAAGACCCCAAAAAAAUGGGGUCAAAACCAAUUUGUUAUUGUCCAGGUGGUGGCCCCUUUUAAGGGGCCAACCUAACUAUUGUAUUUAUAAGCGAAAUCACUCAAUUUUCAGAGUAGAGUAAGAUUUCCCCCCAAAUGGAAUCGAAUGUAUUGUUUAAAAUUGAAAACGAAAACCCCAUUUUGUAUGUGCCUACAACACGGUGUGUAUAUUUUGUCUUAUAGAUCCAGCGCACUUGAGGCGGAAACGUCAGAAGACUGGCGGUGAUCCCAUGCACCUGCUGCUCCAGCAGCAGCAGAAACAGCAGUUGCAGAACGACCACCAGGAUGGCAGUAAGUUCACUGUUGAGAUUAGAUAUCCCAUAAA